UGAUGUCCAGCGUGCAUGCACCUCCCUUACUCCGGGCUCCUCCCCUUCAGCCAAGGGCCCCCGGACUUUAUAUUUUGGAAUUGGCUAGCCAAGACGGAUAGUGCCCUUUCCCCCCCUGCUUUGCGAGUGGCACCAUUCUGUCGGGAGCUGAGUUCCUCUCGUGCGGACACGAUGUCUGGGAGCAAAGGCGUUGUGGUGCUCGCCUACAGCGGAGGUCUGGACACAUCCUGCAUCCUGGUUUGGCUGAAGGAACAAGGCUAUGAAGUCAUUGCUUACAUGGCGGACAUCGGCCAAGAGGAAAACUUCGAGGAAGCACGGAUUAAAGCCCUGUCUUUAGGAGCUAAAAAGGUUUACAUCGAAGACGUCCGGCGAGAGUUUGUGGAAGAAUUUAUCUGGCCGGCGGUGCAAGCCAACGCCAUCUACGAGGACCGCUACCUCCUCGGGACGUCCUUGGCGAGGCCAUGCAUCGCUCGGAAGCAGAUAGAAAUUGCUCAGGAAGCCGGCGCUCAGUACGUCUCCCAUGGAGCCACGGGGAAGGGUAACGACCAGGUUCGCUUUGAGCUCACCUACUAUGCGCUGUGUCCUCAGAUUAAGGUCAUCGCUCCUUGGAGGAUGGCUGAGUUUUACACUCGCUUCCAGGGUCGCAGCGACUUGAUGGAAUACGCAAAGAAACACGGGAUUCCAGUACCGGUGACCCCAUCAAACCCUUGGAGCAUGGAUGAGAACAUUAUGCAUAUUAGCUAUGAAGGUGGAAUCUUGGAGGACCCAAAGAACCAGGCACCCCCGGGUCUCUACACGAAAACAAGCGAUCCUGCUAUGAGCCCAAACACUCCUGAUGUCUUAGAGAUUGAAUUCAAGAAGGGUGUCCCCAUCGGGGUCCGAAAUGUGAUGGACGGGACCGGAAGCCACUCUGCCCUCGAGCUCUUCGUUUACCUGAACGAAAUCGCUGGAAAACAUGGUGUUGGGCGCAUCGAUAUUGUGGAGAACCGGUUUAUUGGGAUGAAGUCCAGAGGUAUCUACGAGACCCCAGCGGGGACCCUCCUCCGCCAGGCCCACUUAGACGUCGAGGCCUUCACCAUGGACCGCGAAGUCCGGAAAAUCAAGCAAGGGCUCGCCGGGAAAUUUGCCGAGUUGGUGUACAACGGUAGGUCUCGCAACGCAAGGUUGGCCACGUUAGAGAUUUCGAAAAGACCCUGAGAGAGUCAGGAAAACAAUUAUGUCCUUGUGCAAUUCAGUUUGCGCUCUGGAUUCAAAC